UACAAAGUUCAGAACCUCAUUGUCCACACUAUAUCCGUCCUUCCCCCCUCCACCACCGGCACGCGGACGCAGACAGAUCUGGUCGCGUCAUUCCUUCACUCGCAGCCUCCCACUCAAGCUAAUGGCCGACAUCAAGUGGACGCCGGUGCGCUAUCUCUCGUAUGGCGUGGGCCAUGUGCUCAACGACAUGUGCGCGUCUACAUGGUUCUCCUAUCUCCUCGUCUUCCUCCUUCACGCCGUGGAUAUGUCCCCCGUGGACUCGGCCGUCGUCAUGUUCUGCGGCCAGAUCGCCGAUGGGCUCGCCACUCCAUUGGUCGGGGUCUUCUCGGACAGAUCUUCAGGCCUCCCGUGGCUGGGCUUGGGUCGUCGCAAGACGUGGCUCGCCAUUGGCUCAGUAUUAGUCAUCCUGUGCUUCUUCUUCGUCUUUGGUGCUUGCGCUCCCCGCUGGUUCUCGGACUCCCCGAGUCGAAUGGUCCUGCUCGUCUACUACAGCGCUGCCGCCAGUAUCUUUAACGUCGGGUGGGCCACAGUUCAAGUCUCACAUAUGGCCAUGGUUCCCGAGUUAUCAGAUGACGAUAACGUCCGCUGCGUUCUUAACAGCACUCGUUACGCCUUCACAAUUUUGUCAAAUGUGUUGGUGUUUUGCGUCUUCUUAGUGCUGCUAAGAGUCGUAUCGCCACUGGGGGUCCCCGAUGCAGAGAAAUUCACUCUAUUAGCGUACACUUCGCUGCUUGUUGGAGGUAUCUGCACUGUCGUGUUCCUAACUGGAACCCCGGAGAAGGUUACAGUGGAGAAGAAAGAGAAAGAUCCAGCGGAAAUACUGGCUCAGAGUCCUGUUAUGGCGGAUCUAGAAGGACGAGGACACAGUGCCUUCCCAUGUGAAGGAGACUUGGAUGUCCCUGCUGUGGAGGUAGUGGGCACGUCGGAUCACAUGACGUGGAGCUGCUGGUUCAAACUCGGUAUGUUUUACGAAGUUGGACUGGUCUACAUGUGCACGAGACUCGUCGUCAAUGUGACGCAGGUCUUUAUCUCGUUCUACCUCAUUGUGACGCUACAGAUGUCGGCCACGUCGAUCGCCAUUGUACCGUUGUUAGUCUAUCUAUCGGGAUUUCUAGCGACAUUUUUCUUACGAUACUUGAACGAGUCGCUAGGACGUACGGGAUCCUUUGCAUUGGGUGCUGGUCUGAUAGUCGUGGCGUUGGUACUGUCGUACUUCUUAACUCCAGAGACAGCAACGUGGGUGUACCCAUUCUCGAUCGUUUUGGGUAUGGGUAACUCUAUUAUCAUGGUCACGUCGGUGUGUCUGACUGGAGAUCUGGUCGGCAAUAACGUUGAAAGUGGGGCUUUUGUGUACGGCGCUAUGAGCUUCACGGACAAGAUCUCAAACGGCAUCGCUAUUCUGUUUAUUCAGAAUACACGCCAGCAGCUGCAAGACUUACCGGACCAAGAUAGCGAGUUUUUGCGACAGGUGUAUUGUAUCUUGCCUUCACUUGCUGCGCUUGUUGGACUCUGCACCGUCAUGUUCAUGACGCACUGCAGUGGGUCCGGCGACAGAAGACGACGCAAAGUGGAGAGUGCGUCCAGUAGCACAGCAGACGAAACGGAGAUUCUCCUCGUGAACGAGGAAGCGAAGGCUACCGGAUAUGGGUCGAUUUAGUUUUCGUGAUUUUGUCUCGUGCAGGCUCGACUGAAGAAACCGACGGGCGCCGUUAUGGUUAGAAGUAGCGCAGCUUCUCGGUUUAGUCAGGAUAUUGCUAAGCAACUCGGUAAUGACACUUUUCAUUUGUUUUUUUU